GUUUUGAAACUUAUUAUAGACUCUUCUGUGAAUUGAAAAUAAAAAAAUAAUAAUAAUUUAAUAUAGUUUUUUAUGACUUUUAAAAAUAUUGAUCACAUUGAGUGUCAAACGUUUUUUAAAAGCUUCAAUAAAGCUAAUUUUAAGGCUUUUAUUGUUGCAUAAUGUCAUAAUGUUGUGCGAUUUUAUGAAACUGGGGAUUGUCCUUAACAUUGUAGUUUUUAUAAUAUUAGUCAAUCCUCUACCUUUACUGGCAUCGAAAACGCAAAAUAAAAGAGAUCGUGAAAGACUGAAACAACAAGCACAAGAAGAACGUCAAUCUGAAUUCGUCAAAGGGAAAAUAUGCAUUGGAACUAAUGGAAGAAUGUCAGUACCAUCAAAUCGAGAAUUUCAUUACAAAAAUCUCAAAGAUCGUUAUACAAAUUGCACUUACGUAGAUGGAAACCUCGAAAUAACGUGGAUACAAAACAAUACAUACGAUUUAAGCUUCUUACAACACAUUAGAGAAGUCACGGGAUAUGUAUUAAUAAGCCAUGUUGAUGUAGAACACGUUAGAUUACCACGUUUACAAAUCAUUAGAGGACGAACUUUAUUUAAGUUGAAUGUAUGGAAAAAUGAAUUUGGACUGUUUGUUUCAUUUUCACAAAUGCAAACAUUAGAACUACCAGCUUUAAGGGAUAUCUUAAAUGGAUCAGUAGGAAUGUUUAACAACUAUAAUCUAUGUCAUGUAAGAACAAUUCAAUGGGACGAAAUUUUAUCGGCGGCAAAUGCAACGAACAUCUAUACUUAUAAUUUUACUUCACCUGAACGUGAUUGCCCAGCAUGUCACUCUAGUUGCGAAAAAGGAUGUUGGGGAGAAGGAUCGGAAAAUUGUCAAAAGUUUAGCAAAAUAAAUUGUUCUCCACAAUGCUCACAAGGAAGGUGUUUUGGACCAAAGCCCAGAGAUUGUUGCCACCUAUUUUGUGCUGGAGGUUGCACCGGACCAACUCAAAAAGACUGUUUAGCGUGUAAAAAUUUUUACGAUGAUGGCGAGUGCAAACAAGAAUGCCCCAGCAUGCAAAUAUAUAAUCCUACAAAUUAUCUUUGGGAGCCAAAUCCUCAUGGAAAGUAUGCGUAUGGUGCCACAUGUGUCAGAAAUUGCCCAGAACACCUUCUCAAAGACAAUGGAGCUUGUGUGCGAACAUGCCCAUCAAAUAAAAUGGCAAAAAACGGUGAAUGUGUUCAAUGCAAUGGACCAUGUCCAAAAACUUGUAAUAGCGAAGGAAUAGUACAUUCAGGAAAUAUUGACAAUUACAAAGAUUGCACAAUAAUAGAGGGAUCCCUUGAAAUCCUAGAUCAAACAUUUACUGGUUAUCAGCAAGUCUAUUCAAAUUUUUCAUUUGGACCCCGUUUUAUAAAAAUACAUCCAGAUCGUUUAGAAGUUUUCUCAACUGUAAAAGAAAUUACGGGCUAUUUAAAUAUUCAAGGUUAUCAUGAAGACUUUUCGAAUUUAUCAUACUUUAGAAAUUUGGAAGUGAUUGGAGGUAGACAACUAAAAGAAAACCUAUUUGCUUCUUUAUUUAUCGUAAAGACAUCAUUAAAAUCACUAGGAUUGAAAUCGUUAAAAAGAGUAAAUUCAGGAGCUGUUGUAAUUGUGGAGAAUAAACAUCUUUGCUUUGCAAAUAAAAUUGAUUGGAAUAAAAUAAAGAAAUCGAGAGAUCAUGAAAUUGUCUCAGCUAGAAAUCGAGAUGUUGAAGAAUGCGAUUCAGAAGAAGAAGUAUGUUCUGAAGAAUGCUCAUCAGCUGGUUGUUGGGGAAAAGGAUCUGAUCAAUGCUUAGAAUGUAAAAAUUUCAUAUAUAAAGGAACAUGUUUAACGAGUUGUAAAAGCACUAAAAAUAUUUAUCAAAUCGAUGAAAAAAAUUGUGGAGAAUGCCAUCCAGAAUGCAAAGGAACUUGCAUGGGCCCAAAUGCUGAUGACUGUGACGAAUGUCUUCAUGUUAAAGAUGGAAAAUAUUGUGUUGCAGAUUGUUCUCAUACGAAAUAUCCUAAAGAUGGAAUUUGCCUUAAUUGUCACGAAGCUUGUAAUGGUUGUAAAGGCCCUAGAAACAUAAUAUCGGAUGAUGGAUGUAUACAAUGUGACCAUGCUAUUAUUCAUCCAAAUACAACAAUUCAGAAGUGUCUUAAAAAGAAUGCAACAUGUCCAGAUCGAUUUUAUCACGAAUGGGUUCCACCAUAUGAAACUGGAUCUUUGAAGAACAUGGCUGGAAAAUCUAUUUGCAGACCAUGCCAUCCUCGUUGCAAAAAAUGUACGCAAUAUGGUUUUCAUGAAAAUGUAUGUACUGAAUGUGCAGGGUAUCGCAGAGGAGAACAAUGUGAAGAAGAAUGUCCUGACAAUCAUUUUGCAAAUGAGGAAACAAGAACAUGCGAUCUUUGCCAUGACGAAUGCCAAAGAUGUCGAGGACCUGGUCCCCAUAACUGUGUGGAUUGUAAAAACUUUAAAAUCUUUCAUGAUGGAAUUCCAAAUGCUCACUACCACAAUACAACAUUUUUCAAUUGUACAUCAAUUUGCCCUCCAAAAUACAAGUAUAAAAUUUUCCCUGAAGCUAAUGAUAUAAAAUCUCGACCUUAUUGCUCAUCCGAUCUUGGACUAAGGAUAACUGCUGGGGUUCCAACAUUAUUGAUUGUAAUAUUUAUUACAUUAGGGCUUGUACUUGCAUUUCUAAUAAUUUUGACAUACUUGUGCCGUCAAAAAGCAAAAGCAAAAAAAGAUGUUGUAAAAAUGUCAAAAGUAUUAGCUGGAUGUGAAGAUUCUGAACCAUUAAGACCUACGAAUGUUGGACCAAAUCUAACCAAACUACGCAUUAUAAAAGAAGCAGAAUUACGAAGAGGUGGAAUAUUAGGAAUGGGAGCAUUUGGUCGAGUGUAUAAAGGUGUUUGGGUUCCAGAAGGAGAAAACGUUAAAAUUCCUGUAGCUAUUAAAGUUUUAACCGAUCUCAAUGGAUCAGAGUCAAGUAAAGAAUUUUUAGAUGAAGCUUACAUAAUGUGCUCUGUUGAACAUCCAAAUCUCUUAAAACUCCAUGCUGUGUGUAUGACAUCACAAAUGAUGCUUAUUACGCAAUUAAUGCCAUUAGGGUGUUUAUUAGACUAUGUUAGAAGCAAUAAAGAUAAAAUUGGUUCAAAGGCUCUAUUAAAUUGGUCGACACAAAUCGCACGGGGAAUGUCAUAUUUAGAAGAGAGAAGACUUGUGCACCGUGAUCUAGCCUCUAGAAAUGUUCUAGUACAAACUCCAUCAUGUAUUAAAGUAACUGAUUUUGGAUUAAGCAAGCUGCUUGAUUAUGAUUCAGAUACAUAUCGUGCUGCUGGUGGAAAAAUGCCAAUUAAAUGGCUUGCUCUGGAAUGCAUAAGACAUAGAAUAUUCACAAGCAAAAGUGAUGUUUGGUCUUUUGGUGUAACAAUCUGGGAAAUUUUAACUUAUGGAGGCAGACCUUAUGAGAAUAUCCCAGCAAAAGAUGUUCCUGAUUUAAUUGAAAUUGGUCAUAAAUUACCACAGCCUGAUAUAUGUUCACUUGAUGUUUACUGCAUUUUGCUGUCGUGCUGGGUGUUGGAUGCAGACGCUAGACCUACUUUUAAACAAUUAGCUGAAACCUUUGCUGAAAAAGCUAGAGAUCCUGGAAGAUAUUUAGUCAUUCCAGGAGAUAAAUUUAUGCGCUUACCUUCAUAUACAACACAAGAUGAAAAAGAUCUAAUAAGAACACUGGCUCCUCUAGACAGUACAUCUGGAAACACUGUUUUAGACGCCGAAGAAUACUUACAGCCCAAAUCUCGCCAACAAAUAGAAUUUAACACUAAUGAACAUAAUGACAAUCACCCUAAACGAUAUUGCACUGAUCCUUUCAAAAAUGGAGAUGAUGAGACUGAUACAAGUCGAGAAGUUGGAAUAGGUAAUUUACGUCUAGACUUGCCUUUAGAUGAAGAUGACUACUUAAUGCCAACUGGUCCAGGGACAGGAUCUGGUUAUAUGGACUUAUCUCACCCAGCAAUAGAUAAUCCCGAAUAUCUACUUAAUUCUAACUCUAACUCUAUGAACAUAGCUAUAAUUAGCGGUAGUAUUAAGGAAAACAAUUUUCAAAUUUUAAAUAACAAUAAUAAUAAUAAUAUCAUACUUAAUAACUUAAAUAAUAAUCAAAUCAAAUCAGAAAUUUUACCUACUCAAACGUUGGGUAUUCCAUUAACAAAUUCUGGAGAGCCUAUUUCAGAACAUGAUUAUUAUAAUGAUCUUCAAAGAGAAUUACAACCUCUUCACACUACCAGAAGCGAAACAACUGUAUAGUGAAAGAUUUCAUAUGUGCCUUUAAAUAACUCUUUUCACGUAUUUUUUUAAAAAAAUAUAUAUACUGCAUGUAUAUGAUUUAAAUAUUAUAAAUUUUGAUUAGAUAUUUUAACUUAUGUACCAAAUCGCUUAAAAAACUUCUCAAAUAAUUUUAGUUGUUCUUAAAUUUCACUUUGUUUAUUAAGUACUUAUGAAACAAUAUUUAACCUUUUCUUUCCGAAAAUUUCAAAACCAUUAAAAAAAAGUUGAGUUUCAAUUACAUCAGUAAACUAUUUCUAAAGGAUAUAAUUUUUUAUAAAAUUAUUCAUAAGUUUAUAAUUGAGAAGAAAAAACAACUGUGAUAUUUAUAUAGCAUUAAAUAAUUAUUGAAUGGAUAGAAAAAUUACUUCAACAAAAUAUUUGAUCAUUUAGCAUCAAUUUGAUUUUAGAAAAACAAUUUCAAAAUAUGAAUAGUAAUAUCGAGAGUACAAAUUACGAAAAAAGCAAACGUACUAUAAAUUCAGCAUUCUGUUAAACAUUAACAACAGAAAUGUAUGUGCCAUUAAAGAACUUUUGCAUUUUAAGGCAUUGUAUAGGAGAAAAAAAAAUCAAAAGCUUCCAUUAUAACUCAUUUUGAUUACCAUCAGAAUUAUAACAAUAAUUGGCACAAACUGUAAAAUAUAUCAAAAUAAAAAUAAAUAUUAAAAAAAAAUUAUUUGAAUAAUUUAAAACCUUUUUUACAGAUUGC